AUGAUGGUCGCGCAGUCGGCGCGCACGGAGGGCUCCGGCAGCGCGCCGACGCCCGCGCAGCAGCAGGAGAUGGUACAGCUACUGCAGAUGGCGCUGCAGCGGGCGGCGGACGCGGAGCUGGACCCGCAGAUGGUGGCGCGGAUCCAGGCGGAGUUCUCGGAGAUCAGCGUGGAGCACCUGCGCACGCCGCUGCCGCCGGUGCUGGUGCUGCAGCUGCUCAAGGGCGACAUUCGGCACGCGCUGCGCAUGGCGCAGAACCCGUACAACAUGAUGCGGCUCAAGGGGAUGAUCAUGCGGAAGCGGCGGAAGGAGGCGGCGAGGAAGGAGGCGGCGCUGCUGGCGGAGGCGGAGGCGCGCGGGCAGCGGCCGGUGCCCGGCGCGGGGAUGCACCCGGGGGUGUCGGGGGCGCCACGUCAGCAGAUGGGCCAGGCGGGCAUGGUGCCGCAGCAGGCGUACGGGACGAGCCAGCAGGGGAUGUGGCAGCAGCAGGGGAUGGGGUACGGGCAGGGCGGGCCGAUGAUGAUGCAGGGCUGGCAGCAGCAACAGCAGCAGCAGGCAAUGCAGCUGCAGCAAGCGGGGCGGGCGCAGCAGACGCCGGGGCAGGUCGGGCAGGUGCAGGGGAUGCCGCAUCACGUGCAGGCGCAGGGGAAUGCGUUUAUGGGACGGCCGCAGCAGGGCAUUGUGCGCGGGGCAGGUGCCGGGAACCCGCAGGGGGGUUACGGCGCUGUGCCUUCGCAGCAGGGCAACGGGAGCUUCCUGCCCGGGAUGCCGGCGUACAUGCACGGGAUGGCGCAGGGGGCGCAGAACCAGGGCUACGCGGCCGCGCGGACGGACGGCCAGAGGGUGGCGGGGGUGUCGAUGCCCAUGAGUCAGGCCAUGAUGACGCACGGGCAGGGCGGCAUGUACGGGAUGCAGCACGGCAUGGGCCAGUUCGCCAUGGGGCACGUGGCGCCCCAGGCAAUGGCUUUCCAGGCCUCUGCGCCGCUGCAGAUGCAACAGCAACAACAACAGCAUGUGCAGCCGCAGCACAUGCAGCCACAGCAGCGCGACGCGUGGCAGUACAGCGUCCCGCCGCCAUCCCUCGGCGCCGACGACAACGCCGCGACGAACUACCAAUCCUGGAUCCCCGCGCAACCCCAGGGCCAGGACGUUCAGCAGCAGCCACAAGGAGAUCAGCAGGGCGGCAACGACGCGCUGCGGUUACGUGGCGGCGGGUCCGGCGGGAGCCCCGUGCUGCAGCCGGUGUGCGACGACGAGGUCGAGAUCGUGCGCGUCCGGCCGAUCGUGAUCGACGGCAGCGGGGACGCCGCGCAAGCGGACACGCCGCGCGUGAAGCGAGAGGACGGGGCCGCGGCGCCGUCGACGCCGCCCGCGGCCGCGAAGUCCGCGCUCAACACGCUGUUCACGGGGCAGCUGCUGUCCUCGGUCGAGUGCUGCUGCUGCGGCUACACGUCGACGUUGACCGACGUGUUCAACAACCUGACGCUGGACAUCGAACCCCUGAUCCGGUCGCGGGUCUGCGAGGCGGACGAUGUGGCGGCGGAGGUGCAGGGCGGCGGGGCGCCCGCGGCGGCCCCCACGGCGCCGCCGUCAGUGGACGGCGACGGCGUGACGCCGGUGCCGACGGCGCCCGUGUCCGCCGCCGGCACGCCGCGUGCGGACGCGUCGAAGGAGCAGUCGCUCGACCAGGGCGACGCGUCAGCUCCGCCGGCGCCGAGCGGCGCGUCGGGCCCCCCGGACACCCCCGGGGGGGGUCCAGGCAUGGGCGCGGAUGCGCUGGGCAUGGUCGCGCCCCCGACGGCCCCGGGAGCCUUGGGGGCCGAGGAGGCGAAGCGCGGGAAGAAGAAGGGCGGGAAGGGCGCGGACGGCGCGGGGUUCAAGCAGGCCACGAUGAAGCGCUGCGGGCAGUGUCAGACCUGCCUCAACCGACAUCUUAAGAAGGGUUGCUUGAUGAACAAGGCGGUGCGGGAGCAGAUGGGGCCCGGAACGUACGCGGGGUCCGCGCGCGCCACGCCGGCGCCGUCGCGGGGCGCGUCCGCGCCGGUGUCGCCGCGGGGGGGGGGGUUGAUUGCCGCCGCCGCGUGGCACGCCGACAGCUGCGCAGUCGGGCGGCGUGCCCGUGGCGCGCGGCCGCGGGUCGCGCCUGCGCCCGCGGGCCUCGACGCGCUCGGGCUCCACAACGGCGGGGCGGUGUGCGCGGGCGCGCCGCCGGCGGGCAAGUCUGGUAAGCCACGCAGCGCGACGGCGGUGGCGCAGCAGGCGCUGCCCGGGUUCGCGCAGGCGAGCUCCGUGGGCCUCCGCGCGUGCCUCGAGCACCUCACGCGGCCGGAGCUCAUGUCGGACAAGAAGAACGUGUGGACGUGUCCGCGCUGCGAGCGUCCGCGGCCCGCCGUGAAGCAGGUCACGAUCCGCGCGCUGCCGCCGGUGCUGGUGCUGCACGUGAAGCGGUUCCAGCACUCGUGGGGCUCGGCGCGCGGCGGGCGCGCGUGGAAGCUGGACACGCACGUGUCGUUCCCGGAGCGCGGCUUGGACGUGGCGCCGUACUUGUCGUGCGCGCUGCCUGGGGCGGGGAUGGCCCCGGAGGAGGUGCGGGCGGUGCUGGGGACGUCCACGCCGCAGGUGUCGCAGGGCGUGGGCGCGCACAGUCCCGGGGGGUCGGGGUCGUGCAGCGUCAGCGCCGCAGUGGGCAGCGACGGCGUCAUGCACCCGCCGGGACUGGGGGCGACGUACGACCUGGGGGCCGUGGUGUGCCACUCCGGGACGAUGGAGGGCGGGCACUACGUGUGCUACGUCAACGAGGGUGGACGGUGGUUCCGCUGCGACGACGCGUGGAUCGCGGAGGUGUCGUUCGAGGUGGUCCGGGCCAGCCAGGCCUACCUGUUGUUCUAUCAUCGCAGGUACAUUUGA